UAAUAAAAUGGGGGGUGACUUGAAGAAAAUCCAAGUAAUAGGACAGUAUCUGAUUGAGAUUUGGAAAGUUGUAGGGGUGAAUUUAGAAGGAGGUCAAGUGGAAUUUCUUUGGUCUUGCGAAGAGAUCAACACCAGGGCUCAUGAAUACUGGCCUCUUGUAUUGGACAUUGCUAGGAGGAAUAAAUUUCCUAGAAUAUUGAGGUGUUGUCAAAUUAUGGGUCGCUCUGAGCAAGAUGAAUUGUCAGUAGCCCAGGUUUUCUACCCUUGCAUGCAGUGUGCUGAUGUAUUUUUUCCUAAGGUGACUCUUGGUUUAAGCAAUGAACAUUGUUGAAAUACUUUUGCUACUUGGUUCAGUUUUCAAGUGAAAGCUUCAUGUGAAAUACAUCUUGCAUGG